AUGCGGCAAAUUUUCGGCUUGGAUAGAGGCCAACAAGAAGUAUCAUGCUGCCAUGAACUUACAUACAUUGAGGCUCCACUCAAUUUAUAUGGCACGCUCAGAUAUGAACAGUGGGGAGCCCUAAAAUUUGGAGAUCGGAUAGUGCAUUUGUACUUUGACCUCCUUGGUGCUGGAGAUAUAUAUUACUUGAGGUGCAUUAUCAACGUUGUUCGAGGAGAAACUUGCCAUCCUGAGUAUAUGAAGUUGAAUGGCAUCCAACACGGUUCGUAUCGCAAAUCGUGUUUUUCCUUCAGUCUGGUGGAGGACGAUAAGGAGUAUAUUGAAGGCAUUAUUGAGGCAAGCCAAUGGUCUAGCGCUAUAUGUUUGAGGAACCUCUUUGCUAUCCUUUUGUUCUCUGAUACUCUUGGUCGACCGGUGUUUGUGUGGGAUGCCUGCUGGCCUUACCUAUCAGACGACAUCUUAUAUAUGUUGGUGUUGAGUGGUGAGAAAGUAAAGAACCUUGCUUUGGCUGAGCUUGAGAAGAUAUUGCGCAGACGUGGGACCAGAUUACGCAAAUACAGUACCAUGUCUUUUUUUUAA